AUGAAGCUCACACAGUCGGCUGUGUUGGCGUUUGCCGCUUCGGCUCUCGCCGCCCCGUCGUCGACGACCCAGCAGGAGCCCCGGAAGGUCGCCGCCGCCUGCUCGUCGGCCGUCUCCCUCGAUGCCAGCACCAACGUCUUCAAGAAGUACACCCUCCACGCCAACAAGUUCUAUCGUGAUGAGGUCACCGCCGCCGUCUCCGCCCUGAGCGACUCGAGCCUCGCGUCUGCCGCUGCCGCGGUCGCCGAUGUUGGCACCUUCUUGUGGAUCGAUACCAUUGCCAACAUUGCCAAGAUCGAGCCCGCCCUUGCCGAUGUGCCAUGCGACCACAUCCUGGGUCUGGUCAUCUAUGAUCUCCCCGGCCGUGAUUGCGCCGCCAAGGCAUCCAACGGAGAGCUGAAGGUUGGCGAGAUCAGCAAGUACAAGUCGCAGUACAUCGACCCUAUCGUCAAGCUCAUCAAGGCGUACCCUAACACCGCCUUCGCGCUCGUUAUUGAGCCCGACUCGCUGCCUAACCUGGUUACCAACGCCGACAAGGACACGUGCAAGCAGAGCGCCUCUGGUUACCGCGAUGGUGUCGCAUAUGCGCUCAAGAACCUCAACCUUCCCAACGUCGUCAUGUACAUCGACGCUGGACACGGCGGCUGGCUCGGCUGGGAUGCCAACCUCAAGCCCGGCGCCCAGGAGCUGGCCAAGGCCUACACCUCAGCCGGAAAGCCCAAGCAGUUCCGUGGUAUCUCCACCAACGUCGCUGGCUGGAACGCCUGGGACCUGAGCCCCGGCGAGUUCUCGACGGCGUCUGACGCCAAGUACAACAAGUGCCAGAACGAGAAGAUCUACGUGACGACGUUUGGCGCCGCGCUUAAGACGGCCGGCAUGCCCAACCACGCCAUCGUCGACACUGGCCGUAACGGCGUCACCGGCCUACGCAAGGAGUGGGGUGACUGGUGCAACGUCCACGGCGCCGGCUUCGGCGUGCGCCCCACGGCUGACACCGGCACCGAGCUCGCCGAUGCCUUUGUGUGGAUCAAGCCCGGCGGUGAGUCGGACGGCACCAGCGACACGUCGGCCAACCGCUACGACAGCUUCUGCGGUAAGGACGACGCCUUCAAGCCCGCCCCCGAGGCCGGUACCUGGAAUCAGGUGUACUUUGAAGAUCUCAUCAAGAACGCCAACCCGAGCUUCUAA